UGCACCUCUAUGGGAUUUGUGAAUUGCGCAUCCUCCCGCAAAGCCAUGCCUUUUAAUCGCCAGGCGCUGGCAUGAGCUUGUUGAUAGCCAUGCCUUUUUCUGUGUCCUUUUUGGGCGCACUUGGCCCAACUAGACUCGUCCUUCCCGCCAGUUUUCGAGCCGGGCGGAGGAGGACGUUUGCCACGGUCAACGAACUUGCGAGGAAGUUUGAUGUCGUCGUCAUCGGCGGAGGCCACGCCGGAGCCGAGGCGUGUGCCGCGGCGGCGCGGACGGGCGCGAGGACGGCGUUGGUGACGCCCAAGACGGACAACCUGGGCACCUGCUCGUGCAACCCGAGCUUCGGCGGCAUCGGCAAGGGCGUCAUCAUACGCGAGAUCGACGCGCUGGACGGCCUGGCCGGGCGCGUCGUCGACCGCGCGGGCGUGCAGUUCAAGGUGCUGAACCGCCGCAAGGGCCCUGCCGUCUGGGGGCCCCGCGCCCAGAUCGACCGCGAGCUCUACAAGACGCACAUGCGGGAUGCGCUGCUCGGCCACCCCAACCUGACGGUCGUGCUGGACAGUGUGGCCGACAUUGUGCUCGGCCAGGCGGACGGCCCGGACGCCAGGCCGGGGCAGGGCAAGAUCGCGGGGGUGCGGCUCGAGUCGGGCGAAGAGCUCGCGACGGGCCAGGUCGUCAUCACCACGGGCACGUUCCUGGGCGGCGAGAUCCACAUCGGGCUGGAGAGCUUCCCCUCGGGCCGCAUUGGCGAGGCCGCCACGUUUGGGCUCAGCCGCUCCCUCAGGGACGCGGGCUUCCAGAUGGGCAGGCUCAAGACGGGAACGCCGCCGCGGCUCGCCAAGAGCAGUAUCGACUUUGGCAUGCUUGAGGUGCAACACGGAGACGAGCCCCCGAUGCCCUUCAGCUUCAUGAACGAGCGCGUCGCGGUCGAGAAGCAGCUGGACUGCCACGCCACCUACACCAACCAGGCCACGCACGACGUGGUGCGCGCCAACCUCGAAAAGACCAUCCAUAUCCGUGAGACGGUCAAGGGGCCCCGCUACUGCCCGUCGCUCGAGUCCAAGAUCAUACGGUUCGGCCACCGCGAGCGGCACAUCGUCUGGCUCGAGCCCGAGGGCUUCGACUCGGAUGUCGUCUACCCCAACGGCCUAUCCAUGACGAUCCCCGCGGAGGCGCAGGAGCAGCUGUUACGCACGAUCCCAGGCCUCGAGAGGGUCAAGAUGCUGCAGCCGGGCUACGGGGUCGAGUACGACUACGUGGACCCGCGCUCGCUCAAGACGUCGCUCGAGACCAAGGCCAUCCUGGGCCUGUUCCUAGCCGGCCAGAUCAACGGCACCACGGGCUACGAGGAGGCCGCGGGCCAGGGCAUCGUGGCCGGCAUCAACGCCGGGCGCGCGGCGCUGGGGCUCCCGGCGGCAACGCUCUCGCGGGCCGACGGCUACAUCGGCAUCAUGAUCGAUGACCUGGUGACCAAGGGCGUGUCGGAGCCGUACCGCAUGUUCACGUCGCGGUCCGAGUACCGCAUGUCGACGCGCGCCGACAACGCCGACGAGCGCCUGACGGCCCUGGGCCGCUCCUGGGGCGUCGUCUCGGACGCGCGUUGGGCCGCCUUCGAGCGCGAGCGCGCCCAGGUGGCGGAGCUGACGGACCUCCUGGCCGGCGUCCGCCUCGGCGGCGAGGGCUGGCGCGCGGCCGGGCUGAGCAACGUGGGCAACUCGAGCGAGGCCAUGGACGGCCUCGCCAUGGUGCGCCGAGGGUACACUAUCGACGACGUGGCCGGUAGCAGCGUCGCCGCUCUGGGGCGGGCCGCCACCGACUUCUCGCCGGGGGUCCGCCAGCGCGUCGCUAUCGAGGCCGCCUACGAGCCCUACGUGCGCAGGGAGCGCGGCCACCACGAGCGCGCGUCGCGCGACGAGGCCCUGCUGCUGCCCGCCGACAUGGACUACGCCGCCGUCGUCGGCAUCUCCACGGCCGAGCGCCAGGUCCUCGCCGCCGUCAGGCCCGAGACCCUCGGCCAGGCCAGGAGGCUCGAGGGCGUCACCCCCUCCGGCCUCGUGCGCCUGCUCGCCCACGUCCGCGGCGCCGUCGGCCGCAAGGCCCGCGCUACCGGCCCGAAGGCGGCCCUGCCUGAGGAGCCGUGCUUGGACGCCGCGCGUGCUUCGGCUUCCGUGUAGGCCGGGCUUCCAGCAGGCGGGCUCUAUCGCCUGAUAUAUUUAAUACUUCCUUGGCGUUCUGUCCUGCUUACUUCCUUGUUUUUGUACACUAUUAUACCCACGUAUCCCGCCCUAAGCCCCUCUACCGUUCACGACGAUGCUGGUGGCGGCAGAUUUGCCCUUCAAAUUCAAGCAGGCUAUUUCACGGAGUUGAGGAGUCGGACAUGGAGAUUUUCUUCCUGGGGCACUUGGGGAAAAGCAGCAUGCAACAUGUAUGAUAUCAGAGGUAGUCACAGCCACCACCAGUCAAACUCUAACACAGGGAAGAGGAGAUGCCUCCCUUUCAGUGACUUGGGCUUUUGCCACUCAUUCCCGAAAAGAAGUCAAAUAUGCCAUUUCC